AUGGAAGUGUUAAAUAUUUUUAACAUAGUGUGUGUUGUGUUGUUGCUAUAUGCAGGCGAAACCAUAGGAAAAAGAUCUUCGAAACUCACAAGGGAUAAAGAAUGCGCGGCUCGCUUCAUCGAUGGUAAAUCAGUGGUUUGUGUUUGCAAUGAAACAUAUUGUGAUACUAUAACCAGGGAUGUGCCCGAUAAAGGAAGUUACAUAUCUUACACGUCUUCUCAGGGUGGUUCCAGAUUUAAGAAAAAAGUCGGAAAACUGCUAAAUAAAAGAUCAAAGAAAUCAAAGUACGAGUAUGAACUGGAUACUGAUACGAAAUACCAGACAAUCGAGGGUUUCGGUACGGCGGCAACCGGGUCCGCCGGUUACAACCUGAACACUUUACCAGCUGCAGCUCAGGACAAUUUGAUCAGAUCUUACUUCAGUGACGAAGGAUUAGAGUACAACAUGCUACGGGUACCUAUUGGAGGCUGUGACUUCUCUCUGACUGAGUACGCUUACAAUGAUCUACCGGUAGAUGACUGUCGUCUGACUAACUACAGCUUGACUUGCGAAGAUUUGAAUUAUAAGAUACCAGCAAUUAAGAAAAUGAUGGAAGUAUCCAAGUCUCCAGUACACAUAGUAGCAUCAACCUGGUCUCCUCCCAAAUGGAUGAAAUACUUCAACGAGCGUAGUCCAAACUGCGGAUUCCUUAAAACUGAAUAUUUUCAGACAUACGCCGAUUAUCACUUGAAAUUUUUAGAUGAAUAUGCCUCGAGAGGGAUUCCAGUGUGGGCUAUCACUACUACUAAUGAGCCGUCCAUUGCUUCCACCAACAUUCCUACUACGACCUGCCUUGGAUGGACUACCAAUCAGAUUGGUAAAUGGAUAGUAGAGAAUCUUGGACCUACCAUUCGUAAGUCCAGUUAUAAAGAUACCAAAAUCCUUGCACUCGAUGACCAUAGAUUUACGAUUGCCACUGAUUUCUACGACAUAAUCAGAGACCAUCCUAAAGUGUUGGACUACAUCGACGGAUUGGCUCUUCACUGGUACUACGACAAUGACGUACCAGUUCAAACGCUCCAGAAAUUUCAGCAGAACUAUCCAUACUUAUUUACGUUAUCCACAGAAGCAUGUGAAGGGUAUCAGUCGUAUGCAAAGAACAAAGUAGAUCUAGGAUCAUGGGAGAGAGCUGAAAAUUAUAUUAAAGAUAUUAUUCAGAAUCUUAAUAAUAAUGUAGUCGGUUGGUUAGACUGGAACUUUUGCUUGGAUACCAAUGGUGGACCGAAUUGUAUGAACAAUUUCGUCGAUUCCCCGAUCAUAGUGAACUCGGAGAAAAGGGAGUUUGUUAAACAACCAAUGUUCUAUGCGAUGGGUCAUUUCUCUAAAUUUAUUCCGAGAGGUUCUCGACGGAUCGGAGUGAAGGCAAACUGUUCUCCAAAAUGUAUCGACGAAGCGGCGUUCAUAACACCUCAGAAUACUAUAGUAUUCGUGGUUUAUAACGACAGUUCCAAAGCGACUCGAAUUAGUGUAAAGGUUGGCGAGCGAGAAAUACCACUGAUGCUGGAAGCCAAAUCAAUCACUACAGUAGAAUUCAAUAACGAAGACUGUAAAUGCAAAAGCAACACAACUUCAAUCACAGUUUACGCGAGCUCCAACCCCGUGGUGCUGAAAUUGAAAGCUGCUCGUAUCUCUAUACAAAUAUGA